AUGCGCGUCCUGGGAACAACGGCCGCGGCCGUUGUCGCUCUCUUGCACCUGCCUUUGCAUGUUCUCGCCACUGACGUCCUCAAAACCGACGGAUAUUCUCUCUGUUCUGCGAGUUCGGCAAUCAAAGUCCAGCAAUUCAGCAUCCAGUUCGACCGCUCCACCAAAAAAAUCGAUUUCAAUGUCGCCGGUACUAGUGAAAAGGUGCAGAAUGUCACUGCUUCCUUGGUCGUAUCAGCCUACGGGAAACAGGUCUACGAAAAGGACUUCAAGCCAUGCGAUGCAGACACUUAUGUGAAGGAGCUUUGUCCUCUACCCUCCGGUGACUUUGCUGCUUCAGGUUCACAGUCAGUGUCGUCCGAUUAUGCGGACAUGAUUCCUUCAAUAGCAUUUUCCGUCCCCGAUCUCGAAGGUGAUGCAAGGCUCGAACUCAAAAAUGCCGACACCAAUGAGGAGGUGGCCUGCAUUGAGUCGGGCGUCACAAACGGCAAGACCAUUCAGCUGCCCGCUGUGUCGUAUGCCGCCGUUGGCAUAAUUGCCGCUUCCUUAGCAUUAAGCGGACUCACAGCUUUGGGAACAGCAGGCCAUCCUGGCUCUGCCUCCUCCAGUCCUGGCUUUGGCGAGGUUGUCGGUUGGUUUCAAACAAUGGCCACUGGCGGCAUGUUGAGCGUGCCGUAUCCCCCUGUCUAUCGCAACUUUGCCUCCAACUUUGCCUUUACUACCGGUCUAGUUCCGUGGUCUCAAAUGCAGAACUCUAUCGAUAAUUUCCGAAACAGCACGGGCGGCAACCUGACAGAAAACAGCUAUAAAUACCUCCUGAAUUCCAAUCUGACUUAUGACGGCGAUUCCUCCACCACCAAGCGUGCCCUAUCUGGACUGUUUGAACGCGCCCUCUUGUUCUCUCGGGAUGUGUCAACUUCGGUGAAUGGUACAGGGAACGCAACUGCCAAUGCCACGGAGAGUGGCAUUCAAGGCACGAUCAAGGGUAUUGCAGCAUAUUCCGAGCAGCUGUCCAUCCCCUCGUCCAGUAUCUUCAUGACCGUGCUCUUGUUUUUCGCUCUCGUUAUCGCCGCCAUUGCUGUAGGAAUAUUGCUUCUCAAGGUGAUCCUGGAAACCUGGGCCUUGUACGGGUCCUUCCCGGCCAGUCUCACCAAUUUCCGAAAGCAUUACUGGGGGUUGCUUGGUAGAACUGUCACCAACUUGAUUCUCGUCGUCUAUGGGAUCUGGGUAAUCUAUUGUGUCUAUCAAUUCACUCGCGGUGAUUCGUGGGCUGCCACAUUGUUAGCCGCCUUGACUCUCGCUGCCUUUACUGCCGUUUUGGUAGCUUUCACGGUCAGGAUUGCCAUCCUUGCUCGUCGCUACAAAAAGUCCGAGGGAGAUGCAGGCGUACUUUAUGAAGACCAGAAGGUUUGGCGCCGCUACAGUCUCUUCUACGACAACUACAAGAAAGACUAUUGGUUUAUCUUCGUCCCCGCGAUUAUCUACAUGCUUGUCAAGGGCUGCAUCAUUGCCGGUGGUGACGGCCACGGCCUUGUUCAGACCGGUGGCCAAUUGGUCGUUGAAUCCCUCAUGCUGAUCCUCUUGCUGUGGACCCGGCCUUAUGUGGCCAAGUCUGGGCAAUGGAUCAACUUGGUCAUCCAGGUUGUCCGCGUCCUCUCCGUCGUGUGCAUUUUGAUCUUCGUCCAAGAACUGGGCUUUUCGAAAACAACCAAGACGAUCACGGGAAUUGUCCUUAUCGCCGUGCAAUCCACCCUCACGGGUAUUCUGGCUAUUCUCAUUGCCAUCAAUGCCUUGAUCAACUGUAUCCGAACAAACCCUCACGCCAAGUUGAGGCAGAACAAUGAAAAAGGUGAUGAUUUCGACAACCUAACCGCCCUCGAUGCGCGAAACUCACUCCUCAUGGACGCCCCCCGUUCCCGAGCCGACGUGUACGAGGCCGGCAAAUACAACUAUGCCGGACCUUUUGAACCAUACAGCGAUCACACCCCUGCCUCGCACGCCAGAGAAAAGAGUACCGAUCGUCUGAUUUCCCGCGGUGACUCGGCCUAUCGCGAUAGCCAGCAGAGUCUGCACCACGGCAUCAGCCGGGAUCGCAGUCCCACUCCCGAGGAAAUGCAUCGUCAGCCUCAAUCACAUGGAGUUGCAUAUUAA